GCGACUGUGAAAAUGUCUGGACGUGGAAAAGGCACCGCUGGCAAAGCUCGGUCCAAGGCCAAAUCUCGGUCGUCUCGGGCUGGACUGCAGUUCCCGGUCGGCCGGGUUCACAGACUCCUAAGAAAGGGUAACUAUGCUGAGCGGGUGGGUGCCGGAGCCCCGGUCUAUCUGGCUGCUGUGCUCGAGUAUCUGACAGCCGAAAUCCUCGAAUUGGCCGGCAACGCGGCCCGGGACAAUAAGAAAACCCGCAUCAUCCCCCGACACCUGCAGCUGGCCGUCCGCAACGACGAGGAGCUGAACAAGCUGCUGGGAGGGGUGACUAUCGCUCAGGGCGGUGUGUUACCCAAUAUCCAGGCCGUGCUGUUGCCCAAGAAAACCGGCGGUGCCAGUAAAGGAAAAAUUACUGUGACUGUGGAAAUGUCUGGACGUGGAAAAGGCGCCGCUGGCAAAGCUCGGUCCAAGGCCAAAUCUCGCUCAUCUCGGGCUGGACUGCAGUUCCCGGUCGGCCGGGUUCAUCGACUCCUAAGAAAGGGCAACUAUGCUGAGCGGGUGGGUGCCGGAGCCCCGGUCUAUCUGGCUGCUGUGCUCGAGUAUCUGACAGCCGAAAUCCUCGAAUUGGCCGGCAAUGCAGCCCGGGACAAUAAGAAAACCCGCAUCAUCCCCCGACACCUGCAGCUGGCCGUCCGCAACGACGAGGAGCUGAACAAGCUGCUGGGAGGGGUGACUAUCGCUCAGGGCGGUGUGUUACCCAAUAUCCAGGCCGUGCUGUUGCCCAAGAAAACCGGCGGUGCCAUUACAGGUUUGACAGCAAAAUCCCUCCGUGCACAGUGACGUCACUGCCGCGCCUCUGAUUGACAGCUACAUCGCUCCUCCCCCCGGGCUGCGGCCGCCAUGUCACGUGACAGGACAGCAUCUUGCGGAAAGACGUCUCAGAGCCAGAGUGCAGUCUUGGAAAAGUGCCCAGGGUCGGGGAGGGCCCUGGACCCGGGGUCGAGUUGAGGUUUCCCCCGCUGAUCGGCCCUUUUCCAUGAAGAGUACAUUGACCCAUUUGCAGCUUUACCAGCGGCUCCUCUGAUUGACAGCUCACUCUGCCCGCCUCCUGGGCCGCUGCAAAUGGGAGGUGAGGCUUCCUCCCCCCGGCGGGGCGGCAGCGACUGAACUGAAGGGUCGGUCUGAACUCGCUGCCCUGUGGAAGAAUGGGAGGUGAUGGAAUGGGCCACAGAGGUGAUGAGACGAGCUGCUCCUUGUUCUCUGCCAUUGCCAUGUGGAUGUGGGAGCGGACUGGUGGACCUGACUGCGCCUCCACUGUGAACAUCGGCUUCUUCUCUUCCUGCCUGCCGACCGGUAACAGAAGAAUAAAACCACAGCUAUGAGGAUACGUGCAGCGUCUGAUGACCCUGUGAUCUCUGUCUUGGAGGCCGACAUCAGGCUGUCUUUCAAGAUGCUGAACCCUCGCCGGGCAGCAGGGCCCGAUGGAGAACCUGGUCAGGCUCUGAAAACCUGUGCCUACCAACUGCUGGAAGUGGUUAAAGACAUUUUCAAUCCCUCACUGCUACAGUCAAAAGCUCUGACCUGCUUCAAAAGGGCAACAACUGCUCCGGAACCCAAGAAGGUCAGUGUGAGCUGCCUUAACGACUAUUGUCCAGUCGCACUCACAUCUCCGGUUAUGAAAUGCUUUGAGAGGUUGGUCAUGGAUAGAAUGAACACCUGUCCCAGGAAGGACCGGGACCCUCUGCAAUUUGCCUCUCGCCACAACAUGUUUGUGGUAGAUGUGAUCUCAGUGGCUCUCCACACAGCACUGGAGCACCUGGGCAAUACAAAUACCUAUGUCAGGAUGCUGUUUAUUGACUAGAGCCCAGCAUUUAACACCAUCAUUCCUCGUCCUGAUAAAAUAGCUACAGAACCUAGGCCUCUGUCCCUCCUUGUGCAGCUGGAUCCUCGGCUUUCCAGCACCUGGUGUGGGAGAUCGCUCAGGACUUCGAAACCGAUCUGUGUUUCCAGAGCUCGGCCGUCAUGGCCCUGCAGGAGGCGAGCGAGGCUUACCUGGUGGGGCUCUUCGAGGACACUAACCUGUGCGCCAUCCACGCCAAGUAAGUUACCAUCCAGCUGGCUCGAUGCUUCUGCGGAGAGCCCUCCUGAACCCGGCCUUGGCACUAAACACAACAAAAGGCUCUUUUAGGAGCCACUAUCAUGUGUUACGUAACUGGAAAC